AAUUUUGAGUACUUUUUCUCCCUGGGCCACCCACGGUCAAAUUUGUCCUCCAACGUCACCUGACUUUGAUUGAGUGACCCCAAACUUGAGCGUCGAAACAACCUCAUGUCAGCUGGUCCUCUUUGGAAAUAAACUUGCUGUAAACUACGACAAAAUGUCCGGGAACGGAUUAGUAUCCAGUAUCCGGCGGCUCCUAAACGCAGACGAGCGGCCGAGUGCCCCGGGUCCAUUUGAUCGGCUUGGCACACAGAUGGAUGAUGUCUUGGGAGAUGGUGGGAUCCUGAAAGAAGUGGUCAAGCCUGGAGAGGGCCUACCUGUCCCUCAAAAUGCAUCAGUAUUGAUCCAUUACUCUGGUUUCCUGGAGUACUCGGACCAUCCUUUUGAAACUACCACACACCACAAGUACCCUCAGAUGAUGAAGUUAGGGAGAGAUGUGACGCUGGCCGGACUGGAGCUGGGUCUGUUGACCAUGCAGAAAGGGGAGUUCUCUCGUUUCCUCUUCCAACCACAGUACGCAUACGGGGACAUGGGUUGUCCCCCUUUCAUCCCCACCGCUGCCACAGUUCUGUAUGAGGUGCAUGUCCUCGAUUUCCUUGACUCGGGACAAGUGGACGACUUCAUUGGGAUGAGUCCAGAGGAGCAGAACACAGUGCCUCUGUCCACUCUUCUUGAAGUUGUCAACACAGUGCGCAGCUUUGGCAACCGCUGCUUCAAGCAGCACCGCUAUGACAACGCCAAAGAUCGCUAUAAACAGGGGCUGACGCUGCUGGGGAACAGGAAAGCACAGGAAGAUGCAGAGAUAGAGAAGAUCAAGAAAGCGCUACUACCUCUGUAUCUGAACCUUUCUCUCACUGAGCUCCGCUUGGAGAGCCCGCAGAAAGCCCUGAAAUACAGCAACAAAGCCUUAGAGAUCGACUCCAACAACACAAAGGCUCUUUUCCGCAGCGGACAGGCGUAUCUGGAGCUGCAUGAGUACAAGAGCGCGCAGGAUUGCCUCAUAACUGCCCAAGCAAAGAGACCCUUUGACAGUGAUAUCAACAACCUGCUGAGAAGGGUGGUAAUGUGCUAUAAAGACAGCUUGGACAAACAAAAGGACUUGUACACCAAGAUGUUCGAACACUUGAGGAGCAAGUGAAGCAGUAAAGAUGAGUAGAAAGAUGGUGGAGAUUCUCUGAAAGUUCAACGUUUUGUGUUUUGCCUGGUUAUGAAAGGAAAUAAUUUUGUAAGAUGUAUUGCCCACUAUGUGUAAAGAAAAAAAAAAUAGUGAUGUCUUAAAGAUUGUUCAAGAUUGUGUUUAUAAUAACACUCAGCAGUGGUGUCUCUGGGAAGAUGAAGAUGCUUUGUAGAUUUUCAUGAGCACUGUUAAACGUUCACUCAGGGUCUGGUCACUUUUUGGUGAUAAAAAUAAAGAAGUGCACAUUUCUGAGA